UUGUGCAAGAGGUGCAGCACUUUGAAUCAGUUGAGAACGGGUGAUAACUGCUUUGCAGCAUCCAUCCAAGCAGACCCUCAGAGAAGACCUUUUCAUGACGAGAAAGAGGAUAUUGGCUCGGCUCGUAUUGUGAGAUGUGGUAUACCAACCAUGGCAAGGGGUCUGUUGCCAUGGAUCUGCCUGAGAAAGCCCAUCUACAUCCAGGCCCGUUUUUCUUACCUGCACAUGAAGUACCUGUUCUUCUCCUGGCUGGCUGUGUUUGUGGGCAGCUGGGUGGUUUACGUGGAGUACUCUUCCUACACAGAGCUGUGCCGGGGCAGGGAAUGCAAGAACGCAAUCUGUGACAAAUACAGGACAGGGGUGAUUGAUGGCUCGGCGUGCAGCAGCCUGUGCGAGAAGGACACUCUCUACCUCGGGAAGUGCCUGUCUGCCAAGCCUAACAACCAGGUGUAUUCUGGGAGCUGGGGAGACCUGGAGGGAAUCAUUAAGUGCCAGAUGGAGGAGGUGCCUCACUACGACCUGGUGGCCGAGAUGGAGCCUAGGAAGGAGACGGCGUCUUUUGACAAGCCCACCAAGGGCACCUCUGUGGAGAAGUUUAAGGAGAUGGUCCUGGGCCAUUUGAAGACAAAAGUGGGUGAUCAGGCUAACCUUCAGAACCUGGCAACCUUGGUCCUUGGGGUGGCCGACGCCAACAAGGAUGGUCAGAUCUCCCUGUCGGAGGCGCGCUCAGCCUGGGCACUGAUCCAGCUGAACGAGUUCCUUCUGGCCGUGGUCCUGCAGGACCGUGAGCACACGCCCAAGCUGCUGGGCUUCUGCGGGGACCUGUACGUGGUGGAGAAGGUGCCGUACGCGCCGCUCUACGGCCUCAGCCUGCCCUGGCUGCUGGAGCUGUGGAUCCCGGCGGGCCUGCGGCGCAGCAUGGACCAGUGGGUGACGCCGUCGUGGCCGCGCAAGGCCAAGAUCUCCAUCGGCCUGCUGGAGCUGGUGGAGGACGUCUUCCACGGCACGUACGGCAGCUUCCUCAUGUGCGACGUGAGCGCGGCCGGCUUCGGCUACACCGAGCGGCACGACCUGAAGGUGGUGGACGCGCGGCGCAUCGUGCCCGAGGCCGCCUUCCAGGAGGCGAUGCGCGAGCGCCGCUGCGAGACGGACGCCGACUGCGUCUACGGCGCCGACUGCCUGACGACGUGCGACCUCACCAAGCGGCGGUGCACCACGGAGGUCACGCGGCCCAACCUGGCCAAGGCGUGCGGCGCGCUGAAGGACUACCUCCUAUGGGGGGCGCCGUCGGACGUGCGCGAGGAGCUCGAGAAGCAGCUGUACGCCUGCAUCGCGCUCAAGGGCGCCACUGAACAGAUGGAGAUGGAGCACUCGCUCAUCCUCAACAACCUCAAGACGCUGCUCUGGAAGAGGAUCUCGCACACCAAAGACUCCAAGUGAGAUGACGCACACCAGACCAGACCAGACAGGGCUCCUGUCCAGGUGGGGGAGGACUGCCAGGCGAGGCAGGGCUCCUGUUAAUGCUGUUCCUGGUUGGAAUGAUGCAUCAGGCUGGCCUUUCAAAUGCGUGCAAUCUAGGCUGGGAAAAUGUGAAUUACUACUACUUUGAUCAGGUCGCCACAGAAUCAUUGGUACAACUGGUUUAUUUGUGACUUGUCUCUAAAUUAUUUCCAUGUUUUAAUUGAAGACGAUGGGCAUCUUUUUGUCCACUAUAACCUUUUUUAAGAUGCCCUAUAUGGACCAAAAUGGUUAAAAGAUUCCGGGCUCUAAUUUGAAUGAUAAGCCAAGUGCAAAGUUCUGCAAUGAGCAGAAAUGAACUAAAGCUAAUUUAUUCACUUGAUAAUUUAAUGCCAUAGGCAAGACUCUAACAUAGGUGGGUCAGUGCAAUGGUUCCACAUGCCACUGAUGGCUUUAGUUCAUGUGUGACACUUUGCCCGCCUCAUCAUUUUAAUUCAGGCUCAAAAUUAACGCUCCAAAGACCAGCAAACUGCUAGUGGACUUUCAUGUCCUCCAGGGACCAGUAGGAGCUCUGUAGCAACUGCCGGCCAUCCUGCAACUCUCUUCCACAACCUCAUUAGAUACAACUGGACAAUUAAAUCAUACAUAGGGAACAACACUUUCUAGUCUCAACAAGAGGGGAUCAAUCUGUUUUUUGUUUGUGUUGUACAAUUUGGGAAUUGUUUUUUCAGAAAGCAGACCAACUGCCUAUGACUGCUGCAAAGCUCUUUUUAAAUUGAAUUGUCUUUUAUCUAUUUGAUGUUUUUAAUCUCCAGACAGAACUAGCCGAUCAAGUUUUGAUGCUGCCCCAACCCUAUUACCUGUUGUUAAUUGUUACUGGACAAGUCAACUCAAUGCCAUCUAUGGUUUAAGACAAGUGUCAUAAAUGUAUAUUAUAAACUGCAUGAUGGAUUUGCACAUUAAAUUAUGUAAAAUAAA